AUGCUCUACACCAGCCAACGAGCUGCAUUAAUGGACUUGGGGCGGUCGUUGAAGGCAAAGACCGAAGGAAAUGUCUCGACGACGGUCAGGGCCGAAAGCACGCAGCAAGCCCCGCUUCCUCGGCUCGAGCUUCCAACGUUCUCCGGCAGGUUCGAGAACUGGCCGGUAUUCCGUGAUCUGUUCGACUCCAUCGUCGGUCAGGAUCCGCAUUUGUCCGACGUCCAAAGGCUCCACUAUCUAAAGACGAGGGUCAAGGGAGGAGCGGAACAGCUUCUGAGGGGCUUGCCCUCAACGGACGCGAAUUAUGAACGCGCGUGGUCAACCUUGAAAGGUCACUAUGAGAAAAAAAGGUUGUUAGUCAAGGCUUACUUGUCCGCGAUUACAUCGUUGCCAAAAAUGAAAGCGGACUGCGUAGCCGACCUGCGACGGAUCUACCACGGCAUGGUAGCAUCCACCCAAGCUUUAGAAGGUAUCGGUGAACCCGUUUCCAAUACCACUCACUUGCUCGUGCAUCUCAUGGUGGAGUUGCUCGACGCGGGUACAAGACGCGAGUGGGAAAAUUCCAUCGCGAAAAAAAGCGACCCGCCGUCGUUUGACGAGUUCAAGGACUUCCUCGAGGAACAGCUUGUGACGCACGAGUCGCUGCUGUCUGUCAAGGGGGACUCCUCCUCGGGAAGAUCCACACCGGGAGGCAGAGCGAAGGCUCCGAGCGCAGCUGUGUGGUGUGCAAGCAGAAUCACUUCAUUAUGA